AUGGCGCUUAACAGAAAAGAAGAUAUCAUGCUGCAACAAACGUUGGAUCAACUUCAUCGUGAAGAAAACCAUCUCCUGCGAGAGUAUGAGUACGACAUUUGGAAAACUGAGAAAGCUUUUGACGCGCGUGUCAAAAAGCUCUCCAAUGGAUCAGGAGGGUCCAACUUGAUGUUACGAAGAAAUAGUUUACCAGCCAUAGAACCGGAUAAGCCCAGGGCGGGAAUGAUGAAUGCAAGAUGGCACUCUUUGACGCAAUGUUCUCCACGUGAAAAGCCGAAAGAUGAACAUGAUGAAAAACCGGCAAGCGAAGAUGUUUUGUUUGAGAUAGACAACGACUUCAAGUUUUUAUCAGUCGCUUUUGGUACCGAAAAAGACCAAAGCCCAACAAGCUCUAGUGCCACCAAGUUUCCCAGAAUUAGGAAUUCUACACCAGGCUCCAACGGCUCGUACUCAAAAGCUGCUCUAAUGCGCAGACGCCACAGUGACGUUACGACAUUACGUGAUCAUAUGCAAAGAUAUCGAAGUGAGAAACGUCGUUCUAGUUUGGCUGAUAUUCAUACGUUUGGAUCUAGAAGCUAG